UAUCCGAGUUUCCUAGUUCCGACGAUCACUUGAACGCGGCACAAGGAGCGACACAAAUCUUUGACGUCGUGGUGCAAGAGAAGGCAGAAGAAAGAAGCUCCAGUAGGGUCCUGGAACAUGUCAAUGGCCUAAUGCAUGUCCUCUAAAGCAGUGCCUGGCCACCCACUAAGUUACCAGUGAUCUAUUCUGCCACAUCCCAGGGAACUGAGAGAGCAGAACUACCCCUCCUUAAAUCCAUAGUCAUUGACAGUGUAAAACCCUUGAUUCAAAAGACACAUCCAUUGUGUCAAGACAAGCCAGAAAACUCAGGAGGUUGAUGUGUUGUGGGCCAUCUGUAAAGUCCUAAAAUAUGUCCCUGAGGAUGCAAAAUCUGACCCAUCACACCACUCUUCAAGAGGGCCACUACGCUCCAGAUUGUCUUCUGUCCUUCUGGCCUUUAUAUACUCUGUGUCGCUCACUCUAUGGGUGAAUUACGAAUCAAUUACUGUAUGCAGAUGUGCAAAAAAAUUGUGAUGAAGAUUUUGUUUUGCUAUUGCUUGUUAUUGUUUUGCUAUCUGUUUUAAAUGUAAGAUGAUUUAGCAGAUUUAAACUUGAAUUGGUGACUAUGGAAACAGAUAGAAAUGUAAUUAACCAUAUUUUCAAUAUCCAACAUUAUCCUCUGCAAUACUUUUUACUGUAGGUAAUACGCUGUAGUCAGGUGGUCGUUACCAGGUUAUGAUGAGGUCUUAACUAUAACCAGUAGACAACAUAAUAUAGCACAUAAUAUAUUGGUCAGAAUUAUGACCAGCAGGUCAGAUAGAGCUCACAAUUAUGACCAACUGGUCGUAUGGCGGUCACAAAAAGGUUUUCACAAAGGUUUUGUUCAAUCAAAUCAAAUGUCAUUGUCACAUGCGCCGAAUAUCUUACAGUGAAUGCUUACUUUCAAGCCCAACAAUUCAGUUUUAAGAAAAAUACUCCCAAAAAAAGAAAAUAAAUAAAAGUAACAAAUAUAUAAAGAGCAGCAGUAAAAUAACAAUAGCGAGGCUAUAUACAGGGGGUACCAGUACAGAGUCAAUGUGCCGGGGCACCGGUUAGUCGAGGUCAUUGAGGUAAUAUGUACAUGUCGGUAGAGUUAUUAAAGUGACUAUGCUUAGUUAGAAAUGGGACACUGGGACCUGUAUGAUGCCGCUAAGGUGGCAGUUGGAGGCCAGCUCCAGACCCUUACUGCAAUCUCUCUGCCGCAACGGUCCAAUUAAAAACCAAUGGCUUCCGCCGCGACGUUGGCAACGCAUGUCAUCACAGAAUAAGGAGCUAUAAACAAGUUCUGACUACAAGGAGUACAUCUACGACCAGAAGUGACUUUUCAAAGCAGGUUAGAAGAAUUUACGCAGCAGGUUAGAAUAAUUACCGUGAGGGGUUAGGAUACUUAGUUUAAGUUUAGGAAAGGGGUUAGAGUUCGCUAAAAUGCCCCCCUAACUACAAAAGGUCCCAACAAAUGAUGUAUAUAAACCCUAGAUUGUUGAUGCUAUGUAUUGGCCAAUGGGAGGCUUUAAAGCCACUGAUGACGCCAUAUUGGCACUCCUCAGAAGAAGCAGUCCUCUGUCGGAAUUUAUGGAAUUAUACAGUAUUGCAAUUAAAUGUUUCAAGCACAAAAUUACAUGCAUUUAAGUAUUUUUGUUGUUGACAGUAACAUUAGUACUGUAACGACCCGGGUGGUUUACACCAAUGUAAUGAAACAGGCAGGGAGCAGGUCUCGAACCCUCGACCUUCAAGCCCGAGGUCCGGCGCGCUAUCGACUGUGCCGCAAAAGCAUGCUCUUGCGGCAGAGUUGAUUUCCGCGUUUAUAAACCCAGGGUCGUUACAGUACUUUUUUUUUAAUCAUUCUUUUAAGAUUUUAUUUGUAUGUUUCGUUCAGAUAAUAAUAAUGCAUUAAGGUGUCUGUAAUAUAAUAAACGUGGCAAAAACAAAUGUAGACAUUAUAAAUGCAUUUCUGUACAGUAACUUCCCAAACAUUUUUUUUAAACAAGGUGAGGAGUGCCAAGAUGGAGGUGCCGUGGCAUCAAAACAGUGCCCCCAUAAUAUUGUCUAGUGUAUGUAUAAAUUAUUGUUCAGCGCCCUUUACACAUCUUUGUCGUCAUCGUUCUAAAGACGGAUUAAGCUCCAGUGUAGGUUGUGUUCUAUGUUGUUUAACGGGACAUCACCCACCACACCCUGACUUUAGUCGUUUAGCUAGCUACGAAACCUUUUCACGCCAGAUCUGACGUUUUUAUACACGGAUUUCUUCAGAAAACAAUACUGAAUAUUGACUUUGCCAUGGCCUGUAGUCCACCCCCUAAUUUCUCCUGGGUCGAACCUAAAAAGUUGGCAGGACUGGCUCUCCCUCGAAUGACUGCCCACUACCAAUACCUUCUGGACAAUGGCAUUCAACACCUGGUCUGCUUGUGUGAGAAAAAACCUCCAAACUAUGAUACCGUCCCAGGAGUGAAACUACACCACAUCAAGAUAAUAGACUUCACCCCACCAACUCCAGAACAAAUUCAGAGGUUUCUGUCUAUUGUGGAGGAAUCGAAUGCUAAAGGCGAGGGUGUAGCUGUUCACUGUAUGCAUGGCCAUGGGAGGACAGGGACCAUGUUGGCCUGCUAUCUGGUGAAGACCAGGCAGAUCUCAGGCAUCGACGCCAUCAGUGAGAUCAGAAGACUACGUCACGGCUCUAUUGAGACACACGACCAGGAGAAAGCAGUGGUGCAGUUUUACCAGCGCAUUAAAUAACUGUUAAAUCAUUUUAAAGGGGAAAUCAACUUGUAUACCUGUACUGUACACAUCUAUAACUUGACCAAUUGAAGUGGACAAAUUUAAAAAGGGGGACACAUUUUAUAUAUUGUAGCUGCAUUUCUUCUUUAAAGCUGCUACUCAGGUUUGGAACUACAUGGAUUUUUUUAGGAGUGCCUGUUUUGAACUCUGGGAAGGUGUCCUGAAUUGUAUGGGAAGUAAUACGGUACAUCUAUAAUGUGUACCAUGACCGCUGUGCCUCUGCAUUGCUCACUCUUUGGGGUUUUAGGCUGGGUAUCUAUAAUGCACUUUGUGACAACUGCUGAUGUAAAAUGGGCUUUUAUAAAACACAUUUGAUUGCUGUUGUAAAUUUGCCAAAAAUAACCAUUAAUUUAUUACAAAAAAUCCAUUAAUAAUGUACCUACGUUUUUAUUUUAGUUCAAUUAAACAACGGACUCAUGCAAUAAGCAUUUGUGGCUCACCA